AGUUUCUGAGAAGCGGCCAGAGGCAUGCAGUGACAUUGCAUAAUCCUCCUGUGAAGCCGGAGAUACCAGGCGGAGAGCUCACGGGAGCCGGUUCACACCAAGAUGAAAGGAGCAGGCGUCAUGGAUGGUGCGCCCAAGACACUCUUGGCCAGAGCACUUUACGACAACCACCCAGACUGUUCCUAUGAGCUGGCUUUCUGCAGAGGAGACAUCUUGACCAUCCUGGAACAAGACGUGCCAGAAAGCGAGGGCUGGUGGAAGUGUUUGCUCCAUGGGAGGCAAGGUCUGGCUCCUGCCAACCGCCUCCAAAUCCUCCCUGAGGCCCCUGCAGACAGGCCCUGUCCCCCUUUCCUGAGAGGCCUGGAAGAAGGUCUCGCCAGCUCCAAGGAGACCUACCAGGUGCCCACCCUGCUCCAGCCCCUGACUCCAGGCCCCGUGUAUGAGCACAUGAAGAGUUGGGUGGAGGGGCCUCCACCUGCCACCGCCGAAAUCUACGAAUUCCCCGACCCACCUGCCAGUGCCAGAAUCAUCUGUGAAAAGACUCUAACCUUUCCAAAACAGGCCCUCUUCACGAUUCCCAGACCAGCUCGGGCCUCGUUGCCAACCCUGCCUUCCCAGGUGUAUGACGUGCCAGCCCAGAGCCGGGGCCCCCCAGCUCUGAAGGAGCCAGAGAAGCAGCAGUUAUAUGAUAUACCCGCCAGCCCCAAAAGGGCAGGACUUGGUUCCAUGACCAGCCCACCAGGUAGGCAGAGCGCUGCCGCGAUGUCGGCGAUUGCCACGAGGCAAGGCAGCUACAGCACGUUGCCGAGCCCCCAGAAGUCGGAAUGGAUCUAUGACACGCCAGUGUCUCCAGAAAAAGCUGAUGGCAGAAAUGCAUCUCUAGGCAGCUUUGUGGAAGAAUCAGAGCCCCACACUCCCCGCAGGUAUAUGUCCAGCUUCCAGAAUCCUCCAAAUAGCAGAGCAAGGUCCCUCAAUCCACACCUGCAUAAAAACGUGCCCAUGCAGAAAAAACUCAGCCUUCCAGAAAUUCCUUGCUACAAAUUUCUGGCACCCAGGGACACGAUCCCCUUGGACGAGAGCGCGGGCUACAAGGUCCCUUCAAGCUUUCUGAUUCCCCGGGUGGAACAGCAGAACACCAAGCCAAACAUUUAUGACAUCCCGAACGUGGUGGCCGGGGGCCGACGGGCCGUGACCGAGCCGGGGACAGUGAACGGGCCUUCGGAGAACGCGGACCGCAACUCCGCGUGGCCCUCGGGACAGGCACCAUCGCUGUCCCCGGACCCCGACAGGCUGUCCGUUUCCAGCUGUGACAGCAGAGCCAGCGUUGUGUCCUCGUGCUCGUCCACGUCCACGGACUCCUCGUCCAGCUCCUGCUCGGAGGACUCAGGCAAGGAGCUCUCGUUGGACCCGGACCUGGCCAGGGAGACGGUAGCGGCGCUGCAGCAGCAGGUGGCCGGCUCUGUCGCCGGCCUGAUGCUCUUUGUCAGCAGGAAGUGGAGGUUCCGAGACUACCUGGAGGCCAACCUCGGCGCCAUCCGCACGGCUGCCCACCGCGUGGAGGAGUCUUUGAGAGCAUUCCUGGAGUUCGCCCGCGGGGUCCAGGGGAGCGCCUGUAACCUCAGUGACACCACCCUGCAGGCCAGGAUCCGGGACCAGCUACAGACCAUCUCCAACUCCUACCAGAUCCUGCUCGGGACGAAGGAAAGCCUGGACAGCUGCAACUGGUCUCUGGAAGUCCUUGUGACCGACAAGGUCCAAAACAACCCGGAUGACCUCGAGCGCUUUGUCAUGGUGGCACGGAUGGUUCCAGAAGACAUCAAGAGGUUUGCCUCCAUCGUCAUUGCCAAUGGGAAGCUCCUUUUCAAGCAGAACUGUGAGAAGGAAGAUACCUUGCCGAUGACCCCCCAUGCACCAUUGAAGCUUGCAAAAUGCUACCAGCUUCCCCAAAGGGAGAUUGAAUCAUAUCAGAGCAGCGUUCCUGUUCACAAACAAAAGGAAAGCGUACACUCCCCCGAGCUACUGAAGAAAAACGGGACAAUUAUCCGCGAACCGAAGUUGCCUAACCUAGAAAAGACAGAAAAGUCCAUCUCAGAAGGAAGGUUGGAUGAAAACAAAAACUUUGAAGCACAGAAUCCGAGCUCCAUCUCCUUGAGUCAGCAGAAUCCUGAGAAGAGAUUCCACCUCUCUGAACACUGCCGCCUCUACUUCGGGGCGCUCUUCAAAGCCAUCGGCGUGUUUAACAGCACCCUCAGCAACAGCCAGCCCCCCGAGAUCUUCAUCACGCAGAGCAAGCUGGUCAUCAUGGUGGGCCAGAAGCUGGUGGACACGCUGUGCAAGGAGACCCAGGAGAGGGACGUGCGCAAUGAGAUUCUCUGCGGCAGCAGUCACCUCUGCAGCCUGCUCAAGAACCUUGCCCUGGCCACCAAGCAUGCCGUGCUCAAGUACCCCAGCCCUGCAGCCCUGGGGCAUCUCCAGGCAGAGGCCCAGAAGCUGGAGCAACACACUCGCCAAUUCAGAGAGACGUUGGAAUGAGCCUCCUCCUCUCUCUCUCUCCCUGCUGACCUCCCAGCCCCAACCUGUGCCACCCUGUCCUAUGGGAAAAGCCAGCCGGGGAGGGUGCAGUGAUGAAGCUGGUAUUACCAAGUGGCUGGCUAAACAACCCCAGGACAUUGACUUAUCCCAUGGACAGCCAGGUAGUAAAUAAGGACCUUGCUAAGGUUUUAGCAUGGCAUGUGGGGUCAGUGUAUGAAGUGACGUUGUAGAAACCAGUGUUACAUUGGUUGAAUGUAUACCUGUUUUAAAUUCAUUCAUUCUAUGCUUAUUUAUUGGGCACCUACUAUGUGUCAGGUUCUAGGUGGUGGGCAUAUAGUAGGGAAUUAGACAGAGGCCUUGCCUUCAGGAAGCUUACAAUCUAGUAGAGAGACAGAAAAUAAGUGAUGAAGAAUUACACGCACGAUGUCAGGUGCUAGGAAGACAAUAAGGGAGGAAAGACUUAUUUUCAAAUGAUGAAUUUC